GGUAUCGCUAUUAACCUUAUGUGUAGCGAAAUGAUGUCGACAGCUGAAUGUUUUGUUUUUUAUCGCGCAUAAACUAUCGCUUUCUCACAGAGGGACAGAAGUUCAAAUAUUCACUGAGACAAGUAAUAUGCUAAGUUUUUUGUGGUUUUGUGUAAAAUACGUCCUCAUAAUACAGACUCCAAUGCGGUCUACGAGGUUUGGAUCCGCGUUUGUUCUCUCACUUGCGAUAUCACUGCUGCUUUCGUCCUCUUUGGGAAGCUGCAGCAGUCUGGUCUUCUCGGUCUGUUGGGUUCUAAAUAUCAGCGCCCACGAGAACAGACCAGAUAUCAAUGUAUGGCUGGACAACACUGAGCUGACCGCCAUAGGAAGUCAAGGCAAAUUUGUGUCUUUGUCGGUAACGCCACUCGAUGUACAUGAAUUACGCACCGAAUAUGAAGGAAUCGCACAAGUGUGGAACUUCUCGAUUGUUUCGGAUUCCAUAAAUGUGAGUGGCACACAGAGAACGGCGCAUCUUCCCUCCAGCGCAACUGCGGAAGCGCUCAAGACUUUCCGGACAGAGGAAGUGUUUCCCUGUGAAAACAGCACAGAGUAUCUCCAUCAGAAGGAGAGCUUCAUCAUCGCGCUUGGCUACUCCCGUCGCUUUCCCCUGAGGCAGGAGUCUGGGGCUGCCUCUGCGCUCCUGGUGGCCUGGAGCGGGAGAUCCCUGGCGGCUUACGACCCCCCGCACAGAGUGACUCUGUACCAGCUGGAGCCGAGCGGCCUGGUGCCCUUGUGCAACGAUACCACACACGCGCCGCGCUACCGCUUCACCGGCCUGCAGGGGUGCGGGAGCUACGUGGCGUGUGUGGAGAGGGCGCGCGGCCCCUCCCUCCUGUGCCUCGCCACGCUCACCGAUCCCGACGUGCCCGCAAACUUCCGGGUGACGGCGUGGGACAGCAGCAGCCUGACGGUGGGGUGGGACUAUCCCCCGAGCGACCGGCUGGCCUCCUUCCUGGUCACCGUCUUCCAUACGAACGGCUCCGGCCACGUCCUGGAGGAGAGGAGGUACAGGCAGGAGCCCGACCGGCGCGGGUUCACGGCGGGGCCUCUGUCGCCCUGCAGCAGGGUGCGGCUGGGCCUGCAGGCCGAGUGCCGGGGUCCAGGCCCCGCCCGCCCCAGCGCCAUGGCCCUCAGUGACGGAAACUCUGCAAACUCUGAAAUCAUAAACCUGCGCCAGUCCACCUCCGGGCCGCACAGCUACACGGUGCGCUGGUCUGUGCGGAACUUCUCGUCCGUCUCCAGCUUUCGGGUGUACCACCAGGGGGCGCUCCGGGGCUCCACCCUCCUCAGCUGGCACACGGUGACGGGCCUGCUGCCCUGCAGGCAGUACAGCUGCAGGGUGGAGGCUUUGUGUGGGGCCAGCACGGUCAUGAGCUCCACCACCAUCCCCACCAGCACAGGCCCUGGCGAUGUGCUGGAUCUCCGGUUUCGGCAGGAGGACUCGAUGGCCUUGUGGAGCAGCAGUUCUGGGGCGGGCCUAGCGCUCUCAUACUGGCUCUCUGAGAGAGGCCAGCCAGUCGUCCAGCAGGGCAGGCUUGAGGGUCCCCCCCUGUCUCUGAAGGGCCUGAGGCCUGGUGCCCUGUAUGACCUGGAGGUGGUGCCAGAGUGCCCAGGGGGUGCAGAGCAGGGCGCCACAGCUGUGCUGCAGUUCACCACAGAAGAAGUCCCCGGCGACGCCGCCAGAAAUUCCAGAGCCCGAUCCAGUGGCACCACCAGCGAACGCUCUGCAGGCCCAACCACAGAGCGGCUCGGACUGCAGGGCCGUCUCGCGGACCACAGGAUGUUCCUUGUUGUGCCGUGGACAAUUCCGUCACCGCUGAAAGAUCCAGCUGCAGAGUCUCGGGUCCUGCUGGAGGGCGUAAUUAAACACCAGCUGCAGAGCUUGCUGAGGAAAUCCUGGCCGAGAGCCGAGGUGCAGCUGAUCUCUUUUGAAGACUACGAGAAGAAAACGAAAACCAAGAUCACUUUUGAAAGCUCCGACGUUUCGAGCCAGAAUGGGGUGGUGAGCCUGCUCCCAAAGGAGCAACUGCAGUACUUUACCUCGCUCAACCACCCCAACAUCACGGUCACUGAGGAGGUCUUGUACUGGCAGGACCCUGACGAGUGUGUCGACUCUGCCCUGAAUGAGUGUGGCUCACACUCCCUCUGCAUCAACACCCUGGACUCCUUCACCUGCGUGUGUCAGCCGGGUUACUAUGACCUCAGCCCCUUCCUCACCCCAGCCUGCCACGAAACGGGGAUGUUCUCGCGCUGCCAGACGGGUGACGUCUCGGGCGCCGUCUCCAAGCCUUUCCUCCUCCGGCACUUUGGCGGGAACGUGACCGCCGUCCUCAACGACGGCCGCUGCUCCCUCCAAGAGACGGACAAGUUGUAUUACUACAGGAUGACUAGCGCCCCUUCUCUGUGCGGAGGGGAAACGCUGCUGAACCAGACUCAUGUGUCUCUGAGGAACACUAUGACCGUGACCCUGAGCAGUGGGAGCUCCAUCACGCGGAGGGACCUGAAGGUGCUGUGGACCUGUGCCUACCCCCUGCUCCACACCUCCACCGCCCACACCCAGCCUGGCCUGGCAUGGUUCUCCUCUCACAGCGUGGUGCAGGCCAGCUCCUCGCGCCUCCUGCAGCUCAGCAUGGGCCUUUACAGCGACGCCUCCUACGCCUCCUCCCACGCCUACGCCGGCCCUGUGGAGCUGCCCCUCUCCGCGCGCCUGCACAUCCAGGUGACCCUGCACUCCCAGGACAGCCUGGCCUUCCAAAUGAGCCUGCAGCUGGAGGCCUGCUGGGCCACAGAGACCACCGACCCACUGGAGGAGAGGAGGGCCUUUUACCUGAAGGAAGGCUGCCCCAACGACAGAACCUUCCGCUGGCACCUCCAGGAUGGCUGGCCUCAGAGGAGAAGGUUUUCGAUUCAGAUGUUCACCAUGUCUGACCACGCCCACGUCUACCUCCACUGCCUCACCCGCAUAUGCAGCCCGGACGAGGACUGCACCACGAACUGCAGCGAAGGCCGAAAGGUGAAAAGAGAUCUACCAGACACACUGACGGCCAUCGUUUCAGCAGGGCCCAUCUCUGCCGCAACAGAGGAACUCUCAAAUUGGACUGCUGCCCUGAUCAUACUCUCUGUGGGUGGAGGACUGAUUGGCCUCUUUGUUCUGACUGCACUGGGUGUGCGUGCUGCACAGGUCCUAGCACAGCCAUAGACAAUGAAGAUCCAUGUACACCUGCACUGUGCCCUUAUUCUGUUAUUGUACA